AUCUGAAACGAAACGCGUUUGUGGCUUCAGACGGCGAGUGGCAGUCGUACAACAAAGACGUAGUAACCCAAAGUUUCCAGAGGCCAAAAAAGUCCCCCUACUGAAAAGUUGGUCAGGCAACUUUUUCAACCAACAAUAAAAAAAACACGCUCGAAAAAUUCCUUUUACUUUUCGUCCAAUUUUUGGAAAAUCCUCUAUUGCUAUAGAUGACCGAGAAGGAUACCGUCUCGAUGGCUACCGUGCAAAUGAAGCCCGACUAUGCGGCUAGCGAGGUCUACAGCACCGCCAGCGAACCGCCACCGAUGGGAUUUUUUAACUUUAAUCAUCAGGCCUACAAGCGUCAGGCGAAUUCGGUGAAAAUCGCCAAGAUCACCGCCUUCACCAUCAUCGUUUCGUCCUUUGUCUUGGGAUCCUUUAUCCUGGCCUCUUCGUAUCUGCAGGCCAAGGCCUCGUGCGAUCAGGUUCAGGCCCUCGACUCGGUGCUGGAAAAGGAGCUAAUGCUCGAGACUCUGCAGCAGGUGGGCAAGGAAUUACCCCGUGCUGAACCCCUUUUGGGAUCAGCUGCCUCGUCGACCGACGACUCCGAAUUGCAGAACCUGGAACCGGAGAGCCGCAAGGCUGAAGCCAGCCAAGAUGCCGAGGAGCACUCCUCCGACAAGGAUAACUCCUACUCCGACAGCGACGAGACCGACGAGCUGCAGAAGUAUCCCGGCAAAAUGCCGCUCGAGCUGGACUUGAGCGAUCUGGCUGCCGCCAUUCUGCGCAACAACAAGAAAUCUCGCAUGAACUGUGUGGUGGAGCGCAAGCACGCCGAGGAGAUCGUCGACUCGCCCUCGAAGACAGUGGCCCUGCCGUUCGGAGUCAACCUGACCACUGAUCCCAAGAAGGCGCGCAUCACCGGUGAGCGGAUCUCGAUCUUCUGCGACGGCGGCGACGACAAGGAGCGGGAGGAGAAGGAGGCCAAGCGCCAGCGGGAGCAGGAGGAGGAGGACUCCGAUGAGGAUGCCGAGCCGCUGCGUCCGAUGUUCAUUCCCUUCCAGCGAGUGCCGAUUCCCUUCGGACGCAUUCCCGACCAGAUGCCCCUGACCCACAUGCCCCAGCGCAUGAUGCCGCCAGCCAUGCAGAUGCACCAGCAGCUGCCGCAGCAGCAGCAGCAGGGACCCAUCAUCAUUCGCCAGCUGCCGCCUCCGUUCCAGCACCUGCCCAUGCGUCCUCCGAUGCCGCCGCAGGUGAUGCAGGCCCCGCGCAUGGAGUCCUCCGAGGAGAUGCAGCUGCCCAAGGUCCAGACCCUGCGCAUCCACAUGCAGCAGAUUCCCUUCCGCGAGAUCCAUGUGGCCGACGAUGUGCCCGUCCAGAUUCCCGCCCAGCAGCAGCGUCAGGAGAUGCAGCAGCGCCAGGAGAUGCAGCAGCGCCAGGAGAUGCAGCAGCGCCACGAGAUGCAGCAGCGUCAGGAGAUGCAGCAGCGCCAGGAGCAGCGUGAGAUCCCCCAGAUCCAGAUCCAACCCAUGCCCUUCGGCAUGGCCCUGCAGCGCGUGGGCAUCACCGCCGAGGAUCUGAGGAACAUCCAGCGCAUGGCCGAGGAUCGCAUCACCGACGAGCUGCGUCGCCUGGCCGCCGAGGAGGGAGCCGACGCCAGCGAGGGCAGCGAGGAGGAUGUGUCCGCCUCCGGCGAACAGGCCACAACCGAGGCGCAGACCACCGUGCAGCAGCAGCAGCAGACCGCUCAUCCCGAGCAACAGCCGGAGGAACAGCAGCAGGAAGUCAGCCAGGAACGACAGGAGCAGCAGCAGCAGCAUCAGCAGCAGCAGCAGCAGCAGGAACAGGAGCCGCAGGUGCCCCAGAUGCGCAUCCAGCGACUGAUCCUGCAGCCGCUGCCCGAGCAGCCACGCGACACCAUGACCCCGCCCAUGCCCGACCAGCCACAGCAGCUGCCCUUCGGCCGCAUGAUGUACGGCCGCAGUCUGGCCCAGCCCGUGCGCAUCCCGGUGCCCAUGAUGCAGGCCAUGGAGGGAGGAGCCGCUAUUCCCGAGGAGUCCCAGCGACCUCACUUCGUCCAGCCUCGUUCCGUUUAAGUAACAAGAAGACCACGCCUGUGAUUGCUGCUGUGCGAAUCGAAUCUCGACGAGAGGGAAGAAGGAGAAGAACUAGGAGAAGGAGUCAUCAUGUCCCCAACUAAACCUGAAGAAUCUAUUGAAUUGUAACCGAGUCGUCUCGAUUUGUUUUGUUAUUAAAGCAGCUUUAAAAAAAGUAAAGCCAAAACUAAAUCAAAAAGUUGUAACUAUUAUUUUCACCAAUUUUGGCCUCCUUCUAAAAAUGUAUUCUCUAUAUGUAUAUCAUAUUUGUAUAUUUUAUAAACAACAACACAAAACAAAAACAGCAAUCUCCUGUGAAAAAGAAAAUUGUGAAAGGUUACCAAGUAUUUUUUUUCAGUUUUUUGAAUUGUCAAGAAUUUUGUUUUCACAUACACACAAAUAAAUCCGAUGGAAAUUUUUGUACAUAAAUUAUUAUCGUAUUUUUAAUUAAUUAAUUGUCUUGUGUAGUUGUUAGUAAAUUAAGAACGAUGCUGAAGCUGAUAUGAUCUUGAUAUAAUCAAAUUCCAAAACCAACGACAGCAAUGAGAAAUUUGUACAUUUUAUAUAAAAAUACUUACUAUAUACACACAUUUUGAAGCGAAUAAAAUUGUGGAUAAUUGGAAAUAAAA